AAAAAAAAGAGAGGUUGAGGGCUCCUGCACCUGUACCAACCAAUCAUGGGGCCGAAUUGGAUCGCACAAGCACUUGGGCUGCGCAGACUCCAAAAAAGGGCAGCGUGUUUCAAUGUUUCUUGGGCCAGAGUCUUUGCGGAUGUCGGGGGGAUUGCAACGCUAAACAAAGCCCCGGAGGAUUGGUGUAGCAAGGAGCUCUCUUCAAGUUGUUCAGCUUGGUUCGACUGGCCAGAACCUGCAAACUAUUCGCCAGCGAAAUAUUGAUGAAGAAAAUGUGUGUAGUUCAGACGCAAGAGCAUGAUCCGUCUGUAUUCCUUCCUCCAUGUGGCGUUGUCCGGUAUGGGCUGCUCCUGCUCCUGCUUUGGGAUGAACGGCUGCCGCAGAGAUCUUGGGGUGGCGAUUACCAACUCUCACUUGCAGUUACGCUGGAAGCAGCUAUUCCAGGCUGCGCAUGGACAGUUUGUGCUGGCGAUACCGUACCUACAAAGCUCGGCUGCGAUUCUGAGGCAGUUGAUGCCGUUGGCGUGGUCUGAGGGCGGUGGCAAUCGGCUGGUAUUCAUGGACUGGGACGGCGGCUAUUAUGGUCAAAGGCGCCAUUCCAGCAGAACAGGCUGAUGGAUCGCGAAGAUCACCAAGCGCCCAGAGGCUAGACGAGACAUUGAGGAGAAAAACCUACAGUUCUGCCGCCGUCUAGCAAGCCUGGGCCUCUCUGCACCUACCUCAGGCUGGGUGGAGAGGAGAGGGUGGACGUUGACUCGGGGUGCAGGGACUGCGAAG